AUGCAUCAAGUCCAGCAGGCUCUAGAAGUACAGCGAUAUGAAGAUAGCCUCAUGAGGCUACCUGUAGAAAUCAUGGUUCGCAUAUUCGAAAUGCUAGAUGUUAGAGGCAAGCUCAAACCUCGAUUCUUGAGAGUGUGCAAGUUGUUCUACUUGCUAAUCCUACCCAUGAUAUAUAGAUGUCCGAUUCUCAAGGCUACGAACUUUUUCUCGUUUGUAGAAACCAUCUCUAGCAGCAAGACUAUCGGCCAUUAUAUUCGAGAACUUGAUCUUUCUUACAUUAUCCAAACAGGCAAAAACGCAUUUGUAGCGAAACUCUUGAAAAGAUCAAGAAAAAAUUUACUAGCCUUUGUCGCUCCUCAGACCAGUUUCGGUUUGGGACCUUUGAUUGCAUUAAAGAAUUGUGAGCAGUUGAAAGUAUUGGAUCUUCGGUUGGUCUCAGAAACACUCAACCUCGAGGAACUUUUCAACUCCAUCAGAAACCUUCACAAUCUCACGCAUUUGUCGUUUCCACGGUCUUCAAUCCUGAUCAACGACUAUAAAUCUAUCAACUGGCCACCUAAACUUUCGUACCUCCGAAUUUCAGGAGGUAUCUCAGACGAUUUCUUGCGAGACUCUCAUUUUCCACUGACUAUAAAUCAGAUUGAAUUUGCCCAUUGUCCAGCCAUACUGGAUGUGGGGCUUGGGAACUUGCUCCUUAGAAUCGGUCGCAACUUGAAGUCGCUCCGAAUACAGUAUCCCAUGCCUGGACUCAAGACAGAGUCGUUGGAUGAUGUUUUUCGGUUCUGUCCCAAUUUGUAUACGUUAGAAGUGGCUGUAGACUAUGUGUCUACACGAUUCUUUGAUGAAGAGAACUUGCAGUACAUGGAUUCGUUUCGUCCCUUACGUACAAUGUAUAUAAAUAGCAGUGGACUGCUUGGUACGUCGACGAAAUUGGACCCCAUCGAUCUAGCGGUGGCCAUUAACGAAGACCGCUUGCCGUUCCUUAAGAAUCUUCAAGUCACAGCCAAGCUCGGGUGGGAUCCCAAGUCUGAGUACGUGACAUAUAUAGCUGAUGAGCUCGACGAGCGGAAUGGUGGUCUCUACAUUGGCUAUUAG